GCUGAUUUUGGCAAGUUUGUGAGUUGUUAAUUGGGUUCCAGAUUCCAUUUUUUUUAUUUUUUAUUUUUUAUUUUUUUUAUUUUUACAUUGAUGACUUAAAAAAAAAAAAAAACAGUUGAAUUGUUGUUAAAAAAAAAAAAAAGUGCAUAAAAUUUUGAAUUGAUGAUUUAAAAAAAUAUAUUUGUCAUUAAAGUAGGGUUAUUGAUUUUGGACUACUUCCCAUAUAUUUCAAUCUUAAGAAAUGACUCGUGUUUCUUCUUCCAAACGUUUCAAACCCUCCAAAGAGACUCCCAAAGUUGUGUGGCGCAACAAACGUCUGGAUUUUGAGACUACCUUCGACAUUGAAGGUACGUUUCGCCACAAUGACGCGACUGAAUGGGCGGUGUUAGAAUUUGAAAGGAGGCGUUUGUCCUGCCUUUUUAGACCAGCUGCAGAGGUUGUCUAUCCCCGUAUUGUGCGCCUGUUUUAUCAGAAUAUGGAAUGGUUUAGUGAUGCACCGGACAUAUUAGUUACAACCAUUGAUGGUGUCCGAAUUCACUUUGGUGUCUUGGACAUAGCCCAGGCAUUAGGGUGUCCACAUUUGUGCCCCACUGACUUGCUAGCAGAGAAUGGGGAGCUACGUUUUGGCAAAUUCUUGAAAAAACCUACUGUGCAUUCUAUUGUUAAAGAUAUGUGUGACGGGAAGUAUGGUGACAAGAAGAAGAAGAAUUGUGCCAGCAAGUCCUCACUACCUAAGGAUAUGUGGUUUUUCGAUCAGGUUCUGAAACGGAAUGUUUUUCCAAUAGGUCAUAAGGUACAGCGGGGACAGGAGUUCUUAAUAGCGUUGUAUGCUACCCACACUGGAACAUGGUUUUCUGUUCCAGCUUUCGUCUUUAACCAGAUGCAUAAAUACUGGAAGCAUUUAGUGGCGAGUGGGGAUCCAAAUGCGAAAAAAUGGAAACUUCCGUUUCCGUAUCUUAUUACGCAGCUCCUUGUCCUUCGGCGCUUCGUGGUUGAUAAUGAUGAGAUCUCUGAGGCUCCACGGGUGACUUUUAGGCUAGCACAGUGGAACUUAAGCCUUUCUCAUAUGCCUAGUGCCAAGAAGGAAGGUGAUGGCAUGGUAGCAGGUACUAAAGAGGACGUGAAUACCCUGGUUGAGGACGUUGUUGGGAGGUCUGAGGAGCAGAUUGCUGAUGGUGCUACUUAUGAGAUAGCACCGGCUGUGUCACCACAUGCAAAGGAGUCUGUAGGGGUGACUAGGGCAGAGUUGAAUGCCAUUGUGGGGCAGUUGAGGACCGAGUUGGCUGAAUCUCGAGAGCAGCAUAGAGUCGAGCAUGCUGAGCUUAUACAGCAGCACACCACUACCCAGCGCAUGCUACGAGAUCUAUAUGAGAUUGUUUCAUCGAGUCUCCCACGCACUUCCACAUUGCCACCUGAUGCAUGAUUUCUUUUGUCUGUUUUAAGCUGUUCAGAUUUUUUGCAAAGUAUCAUUCCGUCUUGCUAGAGACGUUAAACUUAGCCCAUUAUUUAUUUAUUUAUUUAUUUUCUAGGUUGUAUAUACAUGUUUUUUUUCUUUAUUUCUUUUAAAAUAAAAUUAAAAAAAAAAAAAACAAAACAAAGCAAACAAAAAAAAAAUAAUAAUAAAAAAUAAAAAAUUUCAAAAAUAUGUGUUCCCGUUAUGCCCUUCUGCUUAGUUAUGCAUGUUUUCAUCUUUUACAAAGGACUUGAUAUCAUAUCUCUUUACAUCUUAUUCUAUAUUGUUUUAGAAUGUAUGCUUUACUUAUCCCAUUUGAUAUUUGAUGUGAGUUGCUAGUGUGGCUUUUCUAGUAGGUUUUUGCAUCCAAGUUUAGGGGAGACCUCUUUCGUCAUGGAUCAUUACCGGGCGUCAUUAACUUUUGCUAUCACGGGCAAUAAAGUUAAAAUGAGCUAAGAACGGUCCAAUUAAGCCUUUUUGGAGUUAAGCAAAGAUUUUCAGAAAAUGGCAUAAAGCGGUCAAUCUCGGGCCUUUGAUGAUGUUCCCAAAGAUGGAGAAGCAAACCAAAUAGCCCAGGGCAAAAAUGGAGCUGAAUAAGGCUUAAAGGAAUUUUCCAACUCUGGGGGAUCGAUCCCCCAGGGUGGGGGAUCAAUCCCCCAGGACUUGGCAACAUUGCAUAUUUUUAUUUUAAUGUUUGGGCUUAUUUUGUAACCUAGUGGGCUUUAAUAGGUUUAUUACUUAAGCCCAGUGAGGCCCAUUGUUUUUAGGGUUAGUAUUUAUUAGUUAAGUGAUUUAUUAUUUGGGGAAUUAAGUUUUGAUUAUUAUUUUGAAUCUGUAUCGUGAUAUCGUUCUCUCUGGAAGAAAACGAAAGGAAGAAAAAAAAGCGAGGGUUUCAAGAAUAUUUUUUUUUACAGAGGCUUUGUCUACAGUUGAAGGAAGAAGAAGAAGGGCCAAAAGAUGGAGAUAGGACUUGUUGACACCAUGAUCAUCUCCUCCAUGAGCUAGUUCUUCACUUAGGGCUUGGAUGAGCCCUAAGUUCAUGUAACCCUAACCUUUGUAUUUCUUUUCUUGGGGAAUUAUUAUGUUGUAAUUAAAUUGUAUGGCCUUGCGAUUUCUUAAUAUAUACAUGCUUGAUUUGAUAAA